AUGUCCUCAAUAUUUCUCUCCCGUGUUUUGCGCGGAAGAGCUGCAAGACUAAAAUCCAUCAACGCUGCUCGUCCGACGCUUCCGAAGACUUUGCCGGCCAGGAGCUACACCAGCUCGUCGCCUACAAAUGCCUCUGAAGGCUCAUCGAGACCUCCACGACCUAUUGAAGACUCUACGUCCGCCUUGGACUACAAAUCCGCGCACAGAAGGGCCAGACCGCCGCCUCUACCAAAGACAGACCAACCACGCUUAAGAAGUGCCGAAGAGGCGGUUACAAACAUUUUGUACAAUACUCCUCCCCCAAGCACCGAGCCAUUCAAAAAACACAUUCUAAACUGUCUCGUCCAAAACGAGCCUGGUGUCCUUUCGCGUGUAUCUGGCAUUUUGGCCGCACGCGGGUUCAAUAUCGACUCUUUGGUGGUAUGCAAGACGGAAAUCUCGGAUUUGUCGCGUAUGUGCAUUGUUCUGAGUGGUCAAGAUGGCGUUGUCGAGCAGGCCCGACGGCAGUUGGAGGAUCUUGUCCCUGUCUGGGCGGUAUUAGACUAUACCGAGACGCGCACAAUCAAUCGCGAGCUUCUCUUGGUCAAGGUGUCUACCCUUGGACCGGAAUAUCUUGAGGACCAGCUUGUUGGCGGGCCGUCUCAUGAUCCUCGCGCUCACGGCUCUGCUCUCUAUCCUCCCGAGUCUGCAAUCUGGGAAGGGUCCGAGGGAGAAAUACCACAUCAUCACAACGCAAAAAUGGAACGAGAGAUCUCUAUGGCCACUUCGUUUGAGCAAAGCGGGAAAUCUACUCAUUAUCCAUCACCCCCAGCACCACCCCCGCUCUCGCAUGAUGGCCAGCAAGAAGUGAAUAUUCCACCCGCUUUGACACCCCAUCAGCUUCUCACCCUCAAGUCGACGAAUUUGCAAGCAUUGACGACCCUUGCUUCCCACUUUGGUGCAAAGGUCGUCGACAUUUCGGAGAAUAGCGUGAUUAUCGAGCUCUCCGCGAAAAGCGAUCGCAUUGACGCAUUCCUCGGCUUGGUCAAAGGCUGGGGGAUCUUAGAGAGUGCGAGAACAGGCGUCAUGGUCAUGGCGAGGACGCCUAUAGCGAGUUUGGAAAGCGAAGAAGAGGCUGUCGCGGUCGGUGGGCCAAUCGAUGCUAGCUUGCUCCCUCCUGGCUAG